AUGGCCUUUCGAAGGCUCAUUACUGCGGCCCUGCUUGUUUCUGCAGCCGCCUCCGGGGACUACGAGUACGGUCAACGAACGACGUCGGGCGACAAUGUCCCUGGAACCGCUGACUCAGAUAUACCGGUGUCAGUCAGCCCCAGGACUACAAAGGACGUGUACAAACGAGGAAGCAACGCCAAAUUUGUGGGCUUGAACAUCUGUGGCUUCGACUUUGGAUGCGACAAGCAAGGCUCCUGCGACAUUGCGAGGAUCGACGCGCCGCUGCCCAAUGUGCCCCCUGCAUACAGCAGCCCACACGAGCCGCUGGGCAACGGCCCGGCCCAGAUGCUCCAUUUUGUCUCGGGCCACAACUUUAACAUCUUCCGCCUGCCCGUCUCUUGGCAGUAUCUCGUCGACAACGUCCUCGGCGGGCCGCUGGACCCGACCAACUUCGGCUACUACGACUACCUCGUGCGGGAGUGCCUCGGGACCGGCUCGUACUGCAUGAUUGACUUGCACAACUACGCCCGGUGGGACGGCAAGAUGAUCGGGAUGGACGACGGCCCGUCCGUCGCGCAGUUUGCAGAGCUGUGGGGCCAGCUCGCCGCCAACUACAAGGACGACGAGAGGGUGUGGUUCGGGAUCAUGAAUGAGCCGUACGACCUGCCCUGGCUCUCAUCAUGGAAGGACACCGUCCAGGCGGCCGUCACCGCCAUCAGAGGCGCCGGGGCGGCGAAGCAUUUUAUCUCGCUCCCCGGCACGGGCUUCCAGUCCCCGGGCUACCUCGUCUACAAGGGCGACGGGGAUGCCCUCAAGGAGGUCACCAACCCGGAUGGUACGACUACGAACCUCGUGUUCGACGUCCACCUCUACCUCGACGCUGGGGGCACUGGGAGGAGUAGGAGGUGCGUCACCAGCGGCAUCGAGUGGAGUUGGGCGCCGCUUGCGGAGUGGCUCCGGAAUAAUGGGAGGCAGGCCAUCGUGAGUGAGACCGGAGCUGGAGAUACGCCUUCUUGCGAGACGUACUUCUGCCAACAGCUGCAGUAUCUGGAUGACAACUCUGAUGUCUUCUUGGGAUACGUGAUCUGGGCUGCUGGGUCGUUCAGGUCGUCGUAUGAGCUGUCUAUGACACCAUUUGUCCAGGACAACUAUUGGGAGGAUGUCCCACUGCUCACUAAGUGUGUGUCACGUUGA